CACCCACCCACUAAAUAACAUAACACUCCCGGCGGCCGGCAUUUCCACUGACCAUUCAGAAUUCAGACUUUCAGUCUUCAGAGCCGAACCUCAAAUCUGAUCGGAACAGCAGCAUUCGUCGAGUGCUGAGUGUCUGAGGGUUGACAGUUGACACGGGCAGGUGACCGACCGAAAGUCACUGCACACACUCCUCAAGUUUCAAGACACCGCCUGUCCACCUGCACACGUCGUUCGACAAACUUGGCCGUCUCUUCAACGACUACGCCAAAAGGAAAGCUGAAACGGACUGCAACCGUCGCGUCGUCGUUUAGUUCUUCGAGGUCGCCUCUCAACAACUAAUACUUAACAGCAACAGGUCAAUCGUAAAAGUUUUAUAGUCGGCCAUCGACGACGAUCUAGCCGUGUUCGUCGUUCGCCGUAUAGACGUGCCGCAGCGGUGAUUUACAGACUUCCUCGACAAGGCAGAUUGCUAUUUUGUUCCUUCAAGAUUCCAACGAAAUUCUAGCUUUUUUUUUUGUCCAUUGUACCCAACAAACGUUUAUUUAUUAUGAGCAUAGUGGGAAUGGGACAAAUAUUAUUUAAAAUAUGUCAUCGUCUUCACGGUACAGGGAUUCUGGUAAUCCAGAUUGCAAAAUAUAUGUUGGUGAUUUAGGAUCAUCUGCAUCCAAACAAGAUUUAGAAGAUGCUUUUUCAUAUUAUGGUUCAAUUCGUAAUGUAUGGGUUGCCCGUAAUCCCCCUGGUUUUGCUUUUGUUGAAUUUGAAGAUCCAAGAGAUGCAGAAGAUGCAGUUAGAGGUUUAGAUGGAAGGAGCAUUUGUGGUAGACGAGUCCGAGUUGAAUUAUCUAAUGCUGGAUCACGUAAAGGUGCUUAUCGAGGAGGCCCACCUCGUCGAGGACGUCCAUUCCAUCCUGAAGACAAAUGUUAUGAAUGUGGUGAUAGAGGACAUUAUGCCCGUGACUGUAGACGUUUUAAAGGAGGGCGACGCAGGUCAUAUACUCCUUCUCGGUCUCGCUCACGAUCAUACAGCCGUAGUCGUCGUUCUCGUUCAGGUUCAAGAUCUCCUUCACGCUCCCGUUCAAGGUCUGCAUUAACUGGUCGUUCAGUUUCCAAGUCAAGAUCUCGUAGUCGAUAAGAAGAAUAUGCAGUUAUUUUGUAUCAAAGCUACAUCUUGAACAACCAUAUGGACGUUAUGCUAUAUUUGCAUGGAUCAAAUACAGACGACUUAACUACUGAGACCUAUCUACUAUAAUAUUUUUGAUUUAUGAUUUUAAAUAUCUUAUAAAUUGUAUUUUACUUUUUUUUUUUAGUUAGAACUGUAUAAUAGUAAAUAUUAAAAUUUCUCAAUAUGCAAAUAUUGUUUGCAAGUUAUUAUUAUUUUUUUCAA